UCUCUCUCUCUUUCCGUGCUGGCGGCAGCGUUUUACUGUUGGCAGUAGAGACCAGAAUAAAAACAGCAACACAGACAGAGGAGGAAAAAAAGCAAUGUGAUCCAUUGAACCAGUCUUUGCCCCUUCCUAAUUACGUCGAGUCUCAUAUCUUUUCCUUUUUUCACCUUUUUCCUUUCUCUUUAAGACUUCAGAUUAGUGGUAAUUAGACGAGAAUAAAACCAGCUGAUAGAGAGAGGGGUGGUGCAUUUUGGAGCAAGAUGGCUAACAGAAACAUUCUGUUGCUCUUCUGUGGACUCUUCCUCUUAGCACUGAUUCAGCCUUCUCUUCAAGGAGGUGUGUAUAUACCGCCUGGUGCUGCAAAUGGACCAGGAACUGGAUUCUUUCCAGGAGUUCAUGCAGGCUAUAAGCCAGCCAAAGCUGCAGGAGGAGGUUUUGUAGGUGGUGUUGGCCCAGGUGGUUUGGUGCCAGGAGGUGUUGGGCCUGGUGGAUUGGGAAUUGCAGGACAAGGUGGAAAAGCCCCUAAACCUGGUUAUGGCAAUCUAGGUGGUGGUGGUUUUGGAGGCGGUGGUCUUGGAGGAGGUGGUUUUGGUGGAGGCACUGGGGUCUUUUUCCCAGGAGCUGGACAGAAGGCUGCCAAAAGAGGAGCUGGGGGCACUGUACUUGGGACAGGAGGAGGGCCCGGUGGAGUACCCGUUUUUCCUCAGACUGGCCUUCCAGGAGGGGCUGAUGGUGCUGCAGGAAAGAAAGCUGCCAAAGUGCCAGGUGUCGGUGUCCCUGGACUUUACCAUGGUGGACUUGUGCCAGGAAAAGGGUUUGGUGGACGUGGAGUUCUGCCAGGGGUGCCCACUGGCACCGACCUGAAUUCCAAAUCAAUUGCAGCAGGAGGACAAACAGGAAUCCAAGGAGGCGGAGGGUUUGGUGGACAAAUGCAGCCAGGAGUGUUCCAUGGAUACCCCCUCAAAUCACCCCAAGUGCAGGGUGGCUAUGGUGCAAAACCUGGAGGAGCUAAACUUCCCUUUGGUUAUGGGGGCUUUGGUCAAGGUGGAGUGAGACUUCCAGGGGGACAAGUUGGCCCUGGGGCAAGGCCUGGAUAUCCUCUUGGAACUGGAGUGGGGCUUCUCUCACCUGCUCAAGCUAAAGCUGCUGCCAAAUAUGGUGUGGGUGGUGUUGGUGGCAUUGGUGCACUGUAUCCGGGGCAGGUGCCAGGAGGCUUAGUACCAGGUGGGAUACCAGGUUUUGUACCAGGCGUGAUACCAGGCAAGGGACCAGGUGUGGUGCCAGGUGUUAUCCCAGGUGUGGUUCCAGGCGGGGCACCCAUUGCAGUACCAGGAGGAUAUUUACCAGCAGCCAAAGCUGCUAAAUAUGGACCAGGAGGACUGGGAGGAGCAGGACUGGGAGGAGGAGGAGCAGGACUGGGAGGAGCAGGAGGAUACCCUGCUGCCGCCGCCAAAGCUGCUAAAUAUGGACCAGGAGGGCUGGGAGGAGCAGGACUGGGAGGAGGAGGAGGAGGACUGGGAGGAGGAGGAGCAGGACUGGGAGGAGCAGGAGGAUACCCUGCUGCCGCCGCCAAAGCUGCUAAAUAUGGACCAGGAGGGCUGGGAGGAGCAGGACUGGGAGGAGGAGGAGGAGGACUGGGAGGAGGAGGAGCAGGACUGGGAGGAGCAGGAGGAUACCCUGCUGCCGCCGCCAAAGCUGCUAAAUAUGGACCAGGAGGGCUGGGAGGAGCAGGACUGGGAGGAGGAGGAGGAGGACUGGGAGGAGGAGGAGCAGGACUGGGAGGAGCAGGAGGAUACCCUGCUGCCGCCGCCAAAGCUGCUAAAUAUGGACCAGGAGGGCUGGGAGGAGCAGGACUGGGAGGAGCAGGACUGGGAGGAGCAGGAGGCCUGGGAGGAGGAGGAGGACUGGGAGGAGCAGGAGGAUACCCUGCUGCUGCCAAAGCUGCUAAAUAUGGACCAGGAGGACUGGGAGGAGCAGGACUGGGAGGAGGAGGAGCAGGACUGGGAGGAGCAGGAGGAUACCCUGCUGCCGCCGCCAAAGCUGCUAAAUAUGGACCAGGAGGGCUGGGAGGAGCAGGACUGGGAGGAGCAGGACUGGGAGGAGCAGGAGGCCUGGGAGGAGGAGGAGGACUGGGAGGAGCAGGAGGAUACCCUGCUGCUGCCAAAGCUGCUAAAUAUGGACCAGGAGGACUGGGAGGAGCAGGACUGGGAGGAGCAGGACUGGGAGGAGCAGGAGGCCUGGGAGGAGGAGGAGGACUGGGAGGAGCAGGAGGACACCCUGCUGCUGCCAAAGCUGCUAAAUAUGGGCUUAUUCCAGGUGGUGGUGGUACAGGAGGAGCUGUUCCUGGAAGAGUUCCAUUUUUACCAGGAUAUGGAUCUCUGGCAGCUGCUGGUGCCAAACCUCCUAAAUACGUCCCAGGAGCAGGCACAUUUCCAGGCGGAGCAGGACAGGUACAACCUGGUGGUGGUUUUGGAGGUGGUGCUGGAGUCAAGCCUCCGAAGUAUGGAGUUAUAGGAGUGGCUGGAGCAGGACCAGGGGGUGCAGGGGGAGUGGCUGGAGCAAGACCAGGGGGUCCUUGGCGAGUGCCUGGUGCAGUACCAGGAGCCGGAGCCGGAGGUGGACAAUACCCUGCUGCCGCAAAAGCUGCAAAAUAUGGAGGCAUUGGUGUAGUAGGGGGCCUGCCAGGAGCCACUCCACACACAGCUGUUCAAGAUGGUUUUGGUGUUGUGUUACCAGGUGGUACAGGGGUUCCUGUCAAACCAGGAAAGGACGUGAUUCCUCCACCCAAAUUCUGA